CAAUUCUCACUUAAUAUUUUUUUUGUCUCUUUUAUUUUGUAAUGCACUAAAUAUUUUAAAUUCGCCUCUGACUAUGACAGAUCAAACACAAUAGUCAGACGUGGUGGUCAAUGUUACGUAACAUUCUCGAUCACCCAAAAAAACUGACUAUCAUUCUAUUUACACACAAUAUUUUAAAAGGUAAAGAAAAAUAUUUACAUUGGCAAUAACUGAUAUGUUCAUCGCAUAUAAUGCAACAUUCAAUUGUGAGCGACUGGGGACAAUUCUUCCUUGGCAAUUUUUGGCAUAAGCUCUCUCAUUUACAAGUAGCACAUGAUAAAUAAAAUUCAUUCACUCUUAAUUAAAAAUUUCCAACUUUGAGAUCUGAGAUUAGAAGAUAAUUUACUAGUAAUUAGGAGUGAUUCCUCCUUAGAUGAGCCCUACGCGCAAAAGUAAAUUAUUUGGACAGUAAAUUUGGAUUAGAAUAUCAGAUAGUUUAACUUAAAACAACCGCCAUUGUCCUUUCAUUGGUUUCCUAAUGUUUUAUGUAUUAUUUAAUGGCAGUAUAUAUACAACAAACUUAGAGGAGUUUAAUUUAGCAAUUUCAGCUUCUAAUAUUAUAAUCUUGAAUUGAAGAUAACGUGAUAUAUUUGAAUUUACUGUUUAUUCUCAUCCAUCUAUAAAUAUAAUAAACUCCACCACCGUUCCUUUUUUGGAGUAUACUUUUGAAUAUAAAGAUUAUAACAGGUUACAUACGCAAAAUAUAUAGUUAGCCAUGGAUUUCGUCUUAAUUGCCAUUACACUAGCUAGCUCCUUAGUUUUCCUCUUCCUUAUUUACAACCAAUUUCUCUCAACCAAAAGAAACAAUGGGCAGAGGAAAAGGGUACCUGAAGCUGCCGGAGCAUGGCCUAUCAUUGGCCAUCUCCACCUUCUCAGUGGAUCUGAAUCUGAUCAGUUACCUCACAAAGUCUUAGCUCGAAUGGCAGAAAAAUAUGGGCCAAUUUUCGGGUUGAAGCUUGGAGUAUACAAAGCUGUUGUGGUUAGUGAUCCCAAAAUAGCAAAAGAAUGUUUCACAACCAACGAUUUGGCCCUUGCAAAUCGGCCCAAAUCCUUGGCUUCAGAGAUCAUAGGCUACAACCAUGCCAUGUUUGGGGUUGCUCCCUACGGACCUUAUUGGCGAGAGAUAAGGAAAAUAGCAACUAUUGAAUUUCUGUCCACUCGGCGAAUUGAGGUGCUCAAACACAUAAGAGAAUUUGAAGUAAAAUCAGCUAUUAAAGAGUCUUAUGAAUUUUGGUUGAAGAACAAGAGUAGUAGUUUAAACGGUGCAGUGAAAAUGGAAAUGAAGGAAUGGUUAGGGAAUGUAAUUAUGAACACAAUGGUGAAGAUGUUAUUUGGAAAAGAAUGUACUGAAGGAGAAGGAAUAAAUAAAGCUCACAAAGCAAUAAGAAGAUUUUUUGAAUUGAUGGGGGCUACUGUUGUUGCUGAUUUUUUACCUUAUUUAAGGUGGCUAGAUAUAGGAGGUCAUGAGAAGGCAAUGAAAGAAGUUGCUAAAGAAAUCGACUCUGUUGUUGAAGAAUGGUUAGGAGAACAUAAAAGGAGGAGGGAUUCUAAAGGGAUUAAAUCUGGAGAGGAAGAAGAUUUUAUGGAUGUAAUGUUGUCCAUUUGUGAAAACAGAGAUUUGCCUGGAUUUGAUGCUGAUACCUCUAUCAAAGCUACAUGUAUGGCUCUGCUAGCGGCAGGUACAGACACCACGAUCGUAACUCUAACAUAGACUUUAUCUUUACUACUAAACAACUACCAAGCACUAAAAAAGGCCCAAGAUGAAUUGGAUGCUCACGUUGGGAAGAACAGAUGUGUACAAGAUUCAGAUAUCAAGAACUUAGUCUAUCUUCAAGCUAUUGUUAAAGAAGCAUUGCGUUUAUAUUCAGCUGCACCGCUCUCUGUACCACACGAGUCGAUGGAGGAUUGCACUAUUAGUGGCUAUGAUAUACCAAAAGGCACUCGCUUGUUAGUGAACAUUUGGAAGAUUCAUUGUGAUCCAGAUUUAUGGCCAAAUCCUGAUGAGUUUAAGCCAGAGAGGUUCUUGACGACACAUAAGGAUGUCGAUGUGAGAGGAAAUCACUUUGAGUUGAUACCAUUUGGUAGUGGAAGAAGAAUGUGCCCUGGAAUUUCUUUUGCCCUUCAAGCUGUGCCCUUUGUAUUAGCUGGUUUGUUGCAGGGGUUUGAACUUAAAAGGCCUUCGGAUGAACCAAUUGAUAUGAGUGAGAGCUUUGGAUUGACAAUCCUUAAAGCUUCUCCUCUCCAAGUUCUCCUCGCUCCGCGCUUGGCUCCCAAUCUUUACGAAUGAAAUGCUUAGUUCGUAAUAUUGAUGUGAAAAUAAUAAGAAGACUUCAAACGUCAUACAUUACAUGUGUAAUUGUACAAGUCUUCACAUCAUGUUACAGAUGACAUUCAAUUUUUUAGAGUCCUGCACUGGAAAUUUCAAGUUGUAACUCUGACCAAAGGUAUACUUUACCCUCCCAAUUUUACUUUGGAUCCGUUCAGCUCGAAAGGAUAUAUAUGCUUAUUAGCUUC